CGAAGAGUGAACAAACUGUCAGUAGGGCUUAUGAGAGCGGCUCGGUUUGUGUGAGUCUAAUGGCCGUUAACUGAGCCCACAAGCCGACUGUUUAAUGCUGAGGGUGGUUUAGCUGGAGGCUGUUGCCCCGUGUUAGCGCUCCAGGGCUUUUAAACAUGUGUCCGCGGUAACAUUAGAGUCAGCGGUGCGGCAGCAGCCUUCCAGAGACUAAGUGCCAAUGCUGAGGAAUGGAUGGUGAAGAAGGGAACAUGGUGGGCACUCGGGAUGAACAGGUGGAGAGGAACAGCUCCGACACAUCCGCCCUUCAGCAGUGCCAGCUCCUCCAGAACAUCAUCGACAUCACCAUCUCCAACUUACAGGGACUCCGGACCAAGUGCGCCGCGUCCAACGACCUGACCCAGCACGAGAUCCGCACCCUGGAGGUGAAAUUGGUGAAGUACAUCAGCAAGCAGCUGCAGUGUAAGCAGAGGGUUCCAGUACAUGAGCGAUCGCCAGCCCUCAACACCUACCCACACCUGGUGGACUGGCUCCAUACUAUUAAUCUCAGGCAUGAAUUCAUAGAGGCAGUACCAGGGAAUCUGUCUCUAGAUGCAUUGCUGCAGAUGUCUGGUUCUCAGGUGCAGGAGACCAUGAGGAAACUGGGCUCCAGUGCUGAUGAGUGCUCCCGCGUCACUGCUGCCCUCUCCUGUCUCAAGAGCACCAGCACCUCGACCACCUGCUCCACCUCAUCCUCCUCCAGCUAUGGGUCAUCGUCAGAACAUCAGGCUGGUUAUAUCUCAGGGUUAAUAAAAGGACGGGAACUCAAAGACGAUGGGAUUCCCUGGAUCGUAGAACCAGUUCGCUGUGAUGUUAACUCUUCAUUUUCAACUAACCAUACUCGAAGCCCGCAACCCUACAGCCCGACUCCAGUCAUUCAUGUCCCUUAUACCUCUGCGAUGCCUGGAACGCAGCGUUCUGUCUCUGUUUCUGCUGUAACCUCCCUGGACUGCCUGUCUGGUCCCCUUGUGACCUCUUCAUUGAAUGGACUAGCUGACCCUUUUUUCCCCUCACCCCAUAUGAUACGGCGCCCACUGGGACAGGUAUCGGCUGCACCCUCUACACCGCCCACUAUUAGGAACGAGCUCCUAAAAUCGCCUCACACGCCGCCACCACCAUCCAAACUGCGGCAGCUUUUCCCAACCCUACCGCGCAGCAAGAGCCACACUCAGCUCGCCAACCGCAUCGAUGAGGCUGCACAAAAGAAUGUAAAGAAGAAUAAGAUGCUUCUAAAUGUCCAUGUAAAUGUACAGGAUGUGAGAAAUGGCUAUGAGGAUUCAUCCUCACGCUCACCACUGCUCUCUGUUCCGUCUCCAAACAUUAUAUCCAACACACGUAUCCACUUGGAAAGUCCAACAUUGACAGACAAAGGAAGAUCCCCACAGGCUAUAAGGAGAGAUUAUGGUCUUACAAUCACGCACAGGUUUUCCACCAAGUCAUGGUUCUCCCAGACGUGUGCAGUGUGUCGGAAAAACAUGCUGUUUGGUGUAAAGUGCAAACACUGCAAGUUAAAGUGCCACAACAAGUGUACCAAAGAAGCACCACAGUGCCAGACAAUUCCAAUUUCAAAAAUUAGAAGAACAGAGUCGGUUCCAUCUGACAUCAAUAACCAGGUUGAGCGACUACCAUCAGCAACACAAUUCGGCACAUUACCAAAGAUUUUAAACAAAAAGGACCUUCCUCCACCUGUCAGUCAGCCAGACUCCAGCAGUAACCCCUCUUCCACAACCUCCUCCACACCUUCCUCGCCUGCCUUCAGCUCCAGCAACCCACCCAGUGCCACUCCACCUGCAAACCCCUCGCCCAAAGGGCCCUCGGAUGGCCGCUUUCACUUCCCAGCUUCCUGUUAUUAUCAGCUAAGACAACAGUUUAUCUUCCCUGAUGUAUCGAGUUCUCAAAGUCAAGAUGGCCAUGACUCAGGAGAGACGGAGCAAGCAGGCAAUGAGCAGAUCACACAGACAGAGAGGCAGGAAGAAGCAGCUGUGAGUGAUGACGUGGAUGGUGAAGUAGAACAGCAGGAGCAUGAAAAACAAGAUGAGGCUGCUUCUUAUGGUGAAUCUGAAGAUGAAGAGGACGACUUGGAUGACCUGCCCAGCUGCACGAGACCUUGGAAGGGCCCCAUCUCGCGCAAGGUCAGCCAGACAAGCGUCUACCUGCAGGAGUGGAACGUUCCUUUUGAGCAGCUGGAGCUGGGGGAGCUUAUAGGAAAAGGGCGAUGGGGAAAGGUGCACCGUGGGCGUUGGCACGGAGAGGUGGCCGUGCGCCUCCUGGAAAUCGAUGGAAAUAAUCAGGACCACUUGAAGCUUUUUAAGAAGGAAGUGAUGAACUACAGACAGACUCGGCAUGAGAAUGUGGUGCUGUUUAUGGGAGCUUGCAUGAACCCUCCUCAGCUGGCUAUUAUCACAAGUUUCUGCAAGGGUCGGACGCUGCACUCUGUUGUCCGUGAUUCUAAAACCUCACUUGACAUCAACAAAACCAGGCAAAUCGCUCAGGAAAUUGUAAAAGGAAUGGGCUACCUCCAUGCAAAGGAUAUAGUGCACAAAGAUUUAAAGUCUAAAAAUGUGUUUUACGACAACAACAAAGUGGUGAUCACAGAUUUCGGUUUGUUCGGCGUGUCAGGAGUGGUGCAGGAGGAUCGGCGGGAGAAUGAACUAAAACUGCCACGAGGCUGGAUUUAUUACCUGGCUCCUGAGAUUGUACAAAGGAUGUGUCCUGGAAAUUAUGACCGAUUACCCUUUUCUAAAGCUGCUGACGUUUAUGCCUUUGGCACUAUCUGGUACGAGCUGCAGGUAAGAGACUGGCCUAUUAAAACCCAGCCGGCUGAAGCUGCUAUCUGGCUGCUCGGGAGUGGAGAAGGCAUAAAGAGGCAAUUGGCUCAGAUCAGCCUGGGCAAGGAAAUUACGGAGAUCUUGUGUGCAUGCUGGUCCUUUGACCUUGAGGAAAGACCAACAUUCUCUCAGCUAGCAGACCUGCUAGAAAAGCUUCCUAAGCUCAACCGCAGACUCUCGCACCCUGGACAUUUUUGGAAGUCUACGGAGUAUGUAUCGUAGAGCUGUGGGGCUGCAUGCCAUCACUCUGCACUGCCUCACUGAAGAGAACUUGCUAAACUGAAUUUCUCAGAUGCAGUCUUCAGGAGAAUAUGUGUGUGUCUAAAAUGCAUGUAAAGUCUUCUGUGUUUCCUGAGCCUUUUCCAAGUCUGUCUUAAAUAUGUAAGACAUUGUAAGGUAAACCUGUUUUACGAGGGGCGUUCAAGCCAAACUGGGACUUUUGAUUGUACUUAAUACCAGAACAUGCUUACUGGAGUAAAAACGUUUAUUUUUUCUAUAUAAUCUCCUGCUACAAUAACGCCCUUAUCCCAGUGUUUCAUUAGUGCUUGGAUACCAUCUCAGUACACCAGAGCCAUGAUCGCACUGCCUGCUUCACCUCCCAGGAACUGCUUUAAUGGUCCAAACAUGGGAAUGACUUAAAGCGAGGUCAGGAUUUUGAUUUUGCUAAUCCUAGUUUUACUUGAAUGCCCCUCGUACCUUUAACACAUGCCUUUGAUUCAGAAUUCAGUGAAUUCAAUACAGCAGGUUAUUUCUAUUUUAAUAAGCUUAAGUUUUAAAUGUGAACAUUUUUUUUUGAGAAACAGCUGUAGGUUCAGUCUAAGUAAUAGAGAGCGUGAUAUAUAGGUGUGCGUGUUUUUCUUUUUGUUUUGUUUUUAGCUGAUGAUUCUCCAAAUAUGGUGCAGAGUACUGUAUUUUACAUUUUCUUUUUCCGGUUAUUUUAGUGCAGUAGAUUCAGUAUUUAUACAUCACAGUCAUAUAUUUCUUAUGUAACACCAGUAACUAAAUAAACAAUAAAUCUUAUAAUGUCUGUCAGGUUGAGAACACGACAGCUGUGGGAAAUUUAAACUGUACAUAACAGAAAUUUCUUUUUGUAUUCUUUCUGACCUUCCCUCCCCCAUUUCCUCUUUGUGUCGGAACUGGAACCUACUUCUUCUGACUUCUCCUUUUAAUUGUUUGAGCCAAACCAACACUCUGCUGUGUACUUUCAAAUUCAACAUCCUAAAUCUUCUUGUUUUUUUUUUCUUUACAAUUUUUCACCACAAUCAUAACUGUCCUUCUUUUUGUCUCAUAACUCUUGGUUUCAUGACCGUCUGCAGGGACACUGUAGAGAAUGCACUCUCUCGUCUACAGGACAUGAUCAGAGAAUGCACUCUCUAUGCCCUUACAUAUAUAAAUACAGUACUGAGUGCACUGCUUCUGCACACAUGAUCAUGGCUGGUUCACCAUAGUAUCAAGUAUCAUUUGACCUUUGUGUUAGAAAACAAUCCUUUAAUUUAUUUACUAUUCAAAAUAACAAAUCAAUAUCGAAAUCUGAAGUCAUAGCAGAGUGCAAUUUUUUCCUACAUUAAAUAACGGGCAUCCCAAAAAAUUACAUUUUUGAAAUAUGAAUAUCUGAGGAACUACAUGUCCUAGGCAAACAAAAUUAGACAGGCUUUAUAUUGAAAAAUAAAAGACUUAUUUAUAAAAAUUCCAACAAUUCAAACUUAUAUAGAUUUUAUAACUGUCAUUGUUGUGAUAAAGGUGAAUGAUGUUAUGAAUUUGGUAUUAUGACAGUAACAUAUGUAGAAUUACAGUUUUAUAUUAGAAAUUUUACAUCAGCGCCUGAAUCCAUAGUAAUUCAGACUAACCAGUGACUGACUGAACAUGCACAUUUUCUGCCUUUGUCCUUGUAAAAAAAAAAAAAAAAGAAAUUAAGAACUUUUUUUCAAAAGUGGGCUAAAAGAUGAUUAAUCAGUAAUGUGCAUAAAGCAUAAAAAAAUAUAUUCUCUUUACAAAUCUGCUGACUUCAUGGUCGACAAAAUAUGAAAUAUUUUAAGUGUAAGAUGCAGCGUAAAACACAAAUUUGAUAUAUUUAAAUUGACAACAGUAUAUAAAACUGCAAAACUAAAGGUUGGUAGGACCGGUAUUAUGAUUUAUUUAAAAUAAUUGUUACUGAAUUUAAUGGCAGUGGAAAGUCAUGUAGAGACGAUUCAAAGUUAUAACACAUAAACCUAUCAUUAAGAUAUCUGAAGAAGUGGCACUGUCACCUUAAUUGUUUACAUACUUUUCCUAAGAUGGCAGUACUCUACUUGCAGAUGGUUCCUAUUCAAUAAGCAUGAGUAAAAUAUUUGUUUAACUUGCUAUAUUCGCACUGUUGUCUUUUUCCGUAACCAGAGUUAGCCAAGCAUAAACUGUGCUGUACUGAGAUCUCUGCUGUUAUCUUACAGCCAGGUUAUAAGUAUCAACUCUUAAAGCUGUAGCAUGUGCAUGACUGCCUAAUUCUGCUUGCUGUACUUGAGUAAUAUCUGUAAAACUGUUAAUGCUGCUGAUCCUUUAUUCACGCCUUACUGAAGCGGCCAAAGCUAGCUGUUAACAUGCCUUACCUUUUUUUUGUUGUUGUAAAUUUCACAUCUGUACAGUUCUAUCUUUAAUGUAAAGAUGUCUGCACUUUAAAUCUAAAACAAAUGUUUGAGGAAUCCUGUUCUCAUUCCUCUCUCUGCUUGCAAAUAACACGAUGAACACAAUGACUUUGAUUGUAUCUACUUAGGCAAAGUGAACUGAAAUGAAAAGAGGACUGUUUGUAGGAAUGUAUGUUUCUAAAUAAUUUAUGCUUAACAUAAAGCAUGUUUUUGUGUUUACUUUGGAGCGUGUAAUGUUCAGAGAAUUGAAAUGUAAAAGAAAAAGCAGAAAUGUGCUAACAUGAGGGAUGAGGCAUGACAGAUGUUAGGAGGUGGGAGAUGCAAAUGAAACUUUUGGUUAUGUUCAAAGUAAAGAAAAGCAAAUAUUUUAUGUGAUUUAGACUUUGUAGAUAAUGUUUUUAUUUAAUAUAAAGCUCAGCCUCCUAUUAUUUGUACAAACUUUUAUAUAAUUGUUUUUCAUCACAGCAUUUGGAAUACAGUAGGUACUUUAUUCCUGUUUCAGAGAUAUUACCUAAGUAUGUACAUUUUUAAUUGGUUUAAUAUAUAAUUUGAAUGGAUUUGAGGAUUUAAGAAUUUAUCCUUGUACAGCUUGUUUAAUGUGUUGGGAUAGUUUAUUUCAUGAUGUUACCCUAAACGCAAUAAAGACAAAUUUGUAAGUAA